AUGUAUCUUUCCACAGCCCUUGUUCUUGCCAGCGGUGCUGGGUUAGCUACUGCUCAUCCCCUAAGUCUCUUCUCUCGCGGCGUUGCUACAUUUGCCGCUGGUAGCUCAUGGGAUAUCCUUCUCAGCAAGGGAGACGGCGUCAGUAACGUUAAGCAAGCCAUCAGCGAGAACUUCCAAGUGAUCGACAUCGAUCUGUUCGACACAGACGCAGCGACAAUUGGGGAUCUCAAGGCGAACAAGAAAGUCAUCUGCUACUUCAGUGCUGGUUCCAAAGAGGGUUGGCGCUCCGACGCCGGAGACUUCAAGGAUGGCGACACUGGGAAAGGUCUUGAUGGCUGGCCGGAUGAGACCUGGGUCAAUGUCAAGAGCGAGAACGUUCGCAACAUUAUGAAGAAGCGGAUUCAGAAGGCUGCGGAUAGUGGUUGUACUGCCAUUGAUCCAGAUAACGUUGAUGGAUUUGUAAGCCAAGACGGCUUCGGAUACGACAAGAGCGCGUACGUCGACUAUGUGAAAUUCAUGGCCCAGGAAGCCGCGAGCCACAACCUCGCCAUCGGACUCAAGAACGCCGUCGACAUGAUCCCAGAUGUUGUUGAUGUCGUCCAGUUCGCCGUCAAUGAACAGUGCCACCAGUAUUCAGGCGAGUGUGAGAAGUAUAAGCCGUUCACGGAUGCAAACAAGGCUGUCUUCAACAUUGAGUAC